ACGAGAGGAGAACUUCAGUUUCGCUCCAGUCGAAUCUUAUCGCGCGUUCUGUUCGCAUCACGUGAGUUUAAAGCUCGAUACAUCUCAUACGCGAAAACGGAAAAUUUGCAUAUUUUUAUAAAUAUUUUCUAUGAAUUCCUAUUCACGCGAUAUAGUGGCAAAGAUUAUUUUGAAUCGAUAGUAAUUCACCGCAAAAAGAAAGAAAGAAAGAGAGAAAGAGAUUUUAAUUUUGUAUUUUUUAUUAUUACAAGCAAUAGAUCUAAACGUGACCGUAAAUUUUGAAAGAAGAAAAGAAAAAUGAUCGUUGAAUAAUGAUUCGAAGAAGAGUCGACGGCAAUUAAUUUUGUUUUCAUUCAUUUUAUGAAUAAUUUUUGAACGAUUUAUUUUAGAUCGUUUUCGAGAGUAUAUAGUAAACAAAUAUUUUACAUCGCAGAAAGGUUGACGUAAAAAGAUGGAACGUCUUAUGACGUAAGAUCAAAAAAGAAGAUAAAUGACAAUAUCGUUUAGAACGUUUAGAUCGUGUUAAGAGAUCGUCGCAAAAGCGUUCACAUAAGAUAAAGGAGGAGAAGAAGAAGAAGAAGAAGAGGAAGAGAAGGUCUUGGCGCGUAAAAUUUAAACUUGCAAUUAGUGAAAUCAAUCGAAAUCGGUUUGCGAUGCUUUUUUCAUUCAAAAGUGGAGCAAUAUAAAGAUAACCGUUUAUACGGUACUUUCUACCGCGUACUUGUUAUCUUUUACCAGAUGUGAUACUUUCGAAAGGAAGAAUGAAAAAUGAAACGAUAUUUUAUUAGCUGCGAGUCGAAUGGUCCCUUGUUUUUUUUAGCGUCAUAUUAAAAAAACAUUUAUUGGAGACUAUUAAAAUCGUUAAGAUUAAAAGGAAUUGUAUCUAACGAUUUCGUCAAGAAUAUAGCUAACGCAUCAUCGAUAUUUCCGAAAGAAACAUUGGUGAAUUUUGACUUUGAACGGCGGAUCCGUAUUUAUUUAUCGUUAUUAUCAGUUACAUUUGAUAACUCGAUUUAAUCGUGAACCUUUUUCUUAUUUUCUCUCUCUCUUUUUUUCUCUCUCUCGCUCUCUAUUGGAUUGAGAAAAAGCGAAGAAUCGACAGUCCGUGAAGAUACGCGUAACCGUGUGGCACACACAGCACUUGAUAUUCUCCUACUUUAAAUAAAUUUCAAUUGAUUCGUAAAAGGAAGAAUAAAUAAACGCGCGAAUGGUGGUGUCUUCUCGUAACGCAGAAAAACGCAUUUAAUCAAACGUGCGUCAAUUAAACAAAGUAAAUACAUUUUUGACGAGCAUAAUGAUCGUGUCACCGAGUGUAAGUUUAGUAGCAGCCGGAGUGGCUUCUGGCCUUUGCUUUAUCCUCUUCAGUACGUUGCGAAAAGGGAAAGAAGCAGACACUCGAAGAAAAACGAAAGAGAUCGUCGUUACGGACGACGGUCGUUGUUGCGCUUGCUGUUUGAAACCAUUCUUGAUCGGACGCGGCGUGAGUUGCAACGAUUGUGGCCUCAGAUCCUGUAGAAAAGUUUGUUCCCGUUGGGACUGCGAAGACAACGCCUGGCAUUGUCUCUUCUGCCAUCAGCAAAGGUCGUGGGCGAGAAAGAAGGAAAAGUGGUUCGAAACGUUUGGCGGUACGUUCAAGGAAGAGGAAUUACAUCGUUACUUCGAUACGGCUAAAUCUCGCGUCUAUGUCGCAGGAGUUGAAAAUGCAGCUACUGGUUCGGGUUUGGACCUGGCCGCGGGUGGUCAAGAAGACGCGAACACGAUGGAAACCGUUAGAGCCUUUAUAGAAAAAUUCAUCGAAGAUCUAAUCGGCAACGUGGACGACGCAUCUAUCGCACGUCUCUACGAUCAUCCAGAAUAUGACAGGCUUUUGGCAACGUACAGCGUAAAAUUGGCCGAUGCUCUGGCACGAUUGGCAGUCUCCGUGCAUCUCAAUAUUUCGAACAAACCAUCGACGGAUUCGCCAACAAUGGCACAUUCGGCACUUCGCGAACUCGUUGGACGAGCCGUAGAAGAGGCCAAAAAAUUACCUGGUCUUUCUGACUCGACCGCCGAUAAUUCAAGGACGCACGACGAGUGUAAUAUUUCAGAGCACAGUUACGAAGAUCUUCUCGCCACUGCGAUAUUGAACAAAGUCAUCGAAAAAUUUCAAAAAGAACAAAUCGAUGGAAAUAGCAACGUUCUGCACGAAAAGCCUUCGGCCAAAGCGGAAAGUGAAACUGAGUUAGGUCUCGAUGAAGGUGUCGAAGAAGGUAGUAGUAGUUUGGAGCCCUUAUCUCAGGACGAAUGUAGCAGCGAUUGCAGUGUAAAAGUGCGUGCGAGGCAUUCACGAAAUCGUCAAGAGCCAUUAUCCCUUACGAUAGAGGAACGAAUAGAAGAGGUUACAACUACGUACACGUCCGAUGAAGAUCCUCCGGAAUGUGUAAAAAAUGGUCUACACAUCACAAAUGUUCGUCGUGUGCCAUUUCCGGAGCUUGGUAUGGAUAUCAUCGAUCCUUCUCAGGAAUCAUCCGACGAAAGUCAAAAUGAAGAGGAUGAAUCAACGGCUCAUGUUGAUCUCGUAGCACCGUUCCAAUCCUGGGAAGAAAAUUGGUUAUUUCAAAAGAAAAGAGUACCGAUUCAAUCGGAUCCUGUUGCCAUGCUGGUACCAAGCUCCAGCGCCGAUUUUAAAGCAUUGAUCGGUGAUAAGGAUGCUGAGGAUACGUCUGAUCUUUCUGAAUGUUCAUCGGCUCAAUCCGAUGAAGAAAUCGAAAAGGAACUCUUAGAAGCUAUCAAUAACGUUGUGCCAAGAUCACCGAGAAUAUCAGAAUGCGAAAUUGUUGAAAGUUUCAAUGAAAAUGAAACAAAUGUUCGUAAGGAUAUUCAAGAUUUUCAUUCAAUGAAAAAUAAUUAUGAAUUUAUCGAAACAUCAUUGGAUUAUCAAAAUAAAACUAAUCAAUUGUCUAAAGGCGAUGUUAAAUGCACCGAAAAUAUAAUAAAUAUAGGAAAGAACGAAGUUAUUCAGAAAGAUAAAAAACAUCUUAUGAAUUCUUUGAACAACAAUAAUAAUAUCGAAAAGGAAGACAUGAAUUAUAAUAUAGAAAUAAAUGAUCAAAAGUUUGAUACAAGAUCGGAAUACGAACACAUAGUAGAUUCGAAGACUGAAAUACAAAGAACGGAUAUCCGAUUACUUCAGUCUCAAAAGGACAUCACCUCACCGGAUGUGCCAAAGAUACCGACUCAGUCAAUGAAAUCGUCAAUGUUAGAAAAUAAUCUUGAAGUUAUUCCUAACGACGUGGUAGAUUUGAACGAGAAGGUCAAUUUGAAAUCUUUGGGCGACAAUAAGAAUAAAAUCAUUGAUCAGGAUAUCAAUGGUGAAGAAGAUAAAACAACGUUGUAUUCGCUAAACGUUUAUUCUAAAGAAGAAGUGCAUUUUGAAGAUGGAGCUCAGCAAGAAAGUGAAUAUACUGAACAUUAUGAUACAGCAACGCAGAGACAUUUGGAUAGUUUAACGAAAGAUGAGAUCUACGUGUUACAAAAUGACGAAGUGUUAGGAACUACGGUAAACGAUAUCGAAUUAACAUCAAAUUUGUCGUCCAAAGAAGAAACAUACAAGGGCCGAGAAGCUGUGGCAAGCGUCAAAGUUGAUUCAGUUUCUUAUUCGUCUUUAGAGAAAACAGCCGAGAAAGAUAUACAAUUGUCUACACCACCACGUCCAGGUACAAUCGCUGAAAGAGAACAUAAGAAAUGGGAAAAUGCUGCACCUAUUGAAAAUAAUCCUUACAGUGAGAAGAGCAUUAAAAAAAGACUUUUAGAAAGACAAUAUAGCAGAAGAUCCGCAGAUAUGCCAGGAAUGAAUACCGAGUUACCGUUAAGCAAUGGAACUGAUCUUGUUUUAGAACCUAAUGAACCAGAUAUUAAACGAUUUGGCAGAGAUUACUACAUCAAUAACGCAAGAUCAGCAACCGGUGACAAGAUACGAAAAUCACCAACAACGUCCGCAUCGAGCAGGCCUGGUAGUGCAUUGUCGCAACGUUCAAAUUCGACCACAGGGACUGACCAAGAACAACAGAAUGAAGAAAACUUCGACAAGGACAUGGCAUACGAUUCACCCAAAUCGAGAACGGAAAAAUGGCGAAGGAACAAUUCUAAUUCUUCCACGGAAGAAAGCACGAAAGAUGAAUACACGGAAAAGAAGAAAAACGAUGUUUCUCCAAUGAAACGUCAAAAAUCAUGGAACGAUCAAAAAGUAGAUCUUUUAGAAAACGAACGUAAAAAUAGUAAAAACGAGAUAAACGCGAGACUGAACAAUCAGGAUAACAAUUGUGGGAUCUUCGAAACCCAAAAAUCUUAUAUUCAGAGCGACAAGCAGAAAAUGAUACGACGAAUCGAUUUAAAGGCUUACGGUUUUGAAAACGAUUUUGAUUCGAAUAAAAAAGAAAAUGUAAAGUCAACGAGACCGCUAAGGGUUGUGAACAAACUCAAUCUUAAAUCAUUCGGUUACGAUGGUGGGUUGCGUCGUACGCAAUCGCAUAAUCAGAUCAAUGGUGUUGAUAUCAAGCCAAGGAUUGUUAGGAUGGCAAAGAAAUCGAAUCUCGGUCAUUUCAGGGAUCAUCGUAAUUUUGACGAUCAAGAUCAUUUUGAAAGACAAUGUUCUAAUGAUUCAAAUCUCACGCAAAGUACUGGAACUCUUAAUGAACUUUGCGAACAAGCUGAUCACAACUUUUUCAAUACAGUGAUGACUUCUGCUACAUCGGUUCCUAAUAUUGCGAAUAGUGAAUAUUAUGAAGAUACAAAUGGGGAUUCUAAAGACGUCGACAGUGAGGAAGAAAACGUUAUGAAUGAUUCAAAGGAUAAGAACUUAGGAGUUGAUGUUGGGAAUGAUAGUGGCUCGUCGAAUGUUAAUUCGGAAAUAGACGUGGAGGAAAAGGAUUUAUCUACGGAGAAAUUAUCGAAUGGAAAUCACGAAGUGGAUUCUUCCGAAGAAAAAAUAAACUUGAAAAAUAUUGGAGAAAACAAACUUCCUAUGCCAUCGGUUAGAAGAUUGGCCGAAGCUUUUAACAAGCCAACGAUAAUCGCUCCAACUCCUGCACCACGAACUGCAAAAUCCAAUACAGCGCAUAACGAGAGAUGUGUAACACCAGAAUUACAAAUAAUCGAGACACCCAGGCAGAUGCAUAGUUUAACAGCCAGGUCUCUUUCGAAACAAUUUCGGGAAGGCUUACGACAAAUUCCUUACAAAGUAACUUCACCACCGGCUAGUCAUGUCACCAUGGAACAAUCUAAUGACCGGGAAAAUCAAUCGGAAAUAGUACAAGCUAAAAGGGAUCAUUCGUUGAAAGAUAUUAACGUAAUAGCCCCGGGUAAGUUGAAAUCUAAUAUCAAAUUUUGGGAACAAAUGCAAAGGCGAAGUUAAAAGUUUAUGACGAUGGACUUUGAAAUUGAAUAAAAAGGCACACUAUUGCGUCGCCAUGGCGAUGAUUUUUAAUUCUUAACUAUAAAAUAAAAAAAAAAUAUAUAUAUAUAUAUACGUAAUGUAAUUUUUAAUAAUAUAUACAACACUAUUUUAUACACUUCUAUUAGAAUUGCGUUUCCCGCAGACCAGUCAUAAUUUUAUAUAAGUAAAAAGCACGAUGAAGGCGUCGUAUUGAAACGAUAGAAAGAAUUAUACGUUCAUAUUAAUAAAAAAAGGAAGUUACCAUCCUUACCACGUGCAAGAAUGUGUUAACGGAAUAUGUUAAAAAAAAAAAAAAAAGGAUUAAUUGUAAAGUUACUUUGAAUCAGUCUCUGAUAAUUACUUAUGUGAUUAAAUUUGUGCCAAAUGACAUGAAUAAUAAUAUGUCAUUAGCCAAAGAAGAUAAUAUUGUAAUUAAUUUCUUUUAUGAUUCAUAUAUAUAUACACACUGUUCCAUUUCCAGGAUAAACUCUCUUUAAUAAAGAGCAUCAUUUUGUACAUAUUGUUGAAUUUUUAAUGUUAAAUAUUAAAUAAUCGUCAUUGAUGAAUAUAAAGUUCAAUUUUAUUAUACAC